UUUGAUGCCCAAACUCUAAAAUUGGAGUUUCUCAGGAUUAAGUAACCAAAACAGAGAAAGCCUCCACUUUCUCCCUCGUUCAUUUCACUCAUUUGGCUGUUCAAACUUAUCACUCCUCGUUUCUCUCUGCACCAUUCACGCAGGCCAGAAAAAGGCUUUCAUCAUUGUGAGUAAAAAUGGCUGAUAGGCACCAGUAUCCAUCUGUUUUGCAAAAGGUGGCUAGUCAUGUCCAUCUGAGUUCCACCCUAUCCCAGGAUGUUCAAUGCCGGUAUGGGAGCUUUCAAAGGCCUGUUCUGCAUCAGAGGCAGUUUUCAUAUGGAAGAUACUACAAUGCAGGAUUUGAUUACCCUAAUACACGGGCAUGCCAAGUCUCCCCAUUUGCAUCAACCUCUCCAUUGCUUGUCCAAGCCCCAUCAGAGAAAGGCUUUGUUGGCUUUGCUACCGAUUUUCUUAUGGGUGGAGUUUCUGCGGCUGUGUCCAAAACUGCUGCAGCUCCCAUUGAGCGUGUGAAGCUCUUGAUCCAAAACCAAGAUGAGAUGAUCAAGGCUGGCAGACUCUCUGAACCCUACAAAGGAAUAGGAGAUUGUUUCAGUAGAACAAUAAAAGAGGAGGGAGUAAUUUCAUUGUGGAGAGGGAACACAGCCAAUGUUAUCCGUUAUUUCCCCACUCAGGCCUUGAACUUUGCAUUCAAAGAUUACUUUAAGAGGCUCUUCAACUUUAGGAAGGACCGUGAUGGCUACUGGAAAUGGUUUGCUGGUAACUUGGCAUCUGGUGGUGCUGCUGGUGCCUCUUCCCUGUUCUUUGUCUACUCUUUGGAUUAUGCUAGAACCCGCCUUGCAAAUGAUGCUAAGGCUGCAAAGAAAGGAGGGGAAAGGCAAUUCAAUGGCUUGGUUGAUGUGUACAAGAAGACCAUGCAAUCAGAUGGUGUUGCUGGUCUUUACCGUGGAUUUAACAUUUCAUGUGUUGGCAUCAUUGUAUACCGUGGUUUGUAUUUUGGAAUGUAUGAUUCUUUGAAGCCAGUAGUCCUAACAGGAAAUCUGCAGGACAGUUUCUUCGCUAGCUUUGCCCUCGGUUGGGUUAUCACCAAUGGUGCUGGCCUUGCCUCAUAUCCUAUUGACACCGUCCGCAGAAGAAUGAUGAUGACAUCUGGUGAAGCUGUCAAGUACAAGAGCUCACUUGAUGCAUUCUCUCAAAUCCUUAAGAAUGAGGGGACCAAGUCUCUCUUCAAGGGUGCUGGUGCAAACAUCCUCCGUGCAGUUGCUGGUGCUGGUGUUCUUGCUGGAUAUGACAAGCUUCAGAUGAUUGUCUUCGGAAAGAAGUACGGUUCUGGCGGUGCCUAAUUCAAAAGGCCGCUGUUGUUCACCUUACCUAGCCGUAGAUGGGAUGAAAAUUUUGCAGUUCUGAUUCAAGAAUUUAUUCAGGGUGAUUCUUGACUCUUUAAAAUAACGUAGUCUAGGGGGUUAAAAUGUUUCAGGAUUUUCUUUCCUGUAACGUUUCGCUGCUUUUGAAUAUGUAUGCAGCUCUUUUGUUAUUGAAUUAUGUAAGCGGAAAAAUAGGUAUGCACUUAUGAGUUUGGCUAGGUCACAAGUGUAUUAAGUUGAAUUCUGAGAAAUUUCAGGUUCAAUCUCAUAUU